AUGGCGAUAGGCAAAAGGUCUUGCAGCAUCGUCUGCUUGGUAUCUAUCCAGAUUAUCUUCAGCGCAUCGUGGCCUGGAGCGGCGGGGCUCACCUUCCCCCAGCAGUACACGAUAAUGCACUGGGCCAGGCGCAUCGAGCAGGAGAUUGACAGAGUCUUUCAGCACAUCACUGGAGCUCAGCAGUUGAAAGGGAUAUACAAUGAAGAGAGACGGCGGUUUAGUCUGGUGAGGAAUCAGCCUCGGAAGAUUGUGGAGAAGGUUGCUUCAGAUAUCGAGAAACUCCUGGCUAAGAAGCGCAAAGCUCUCGACAGGUUGGCCAGUGAAGCAGAGCGGCUCCAGCGAGAGCAUCUGUGGCAGGAUGGAAUAAAGGAGCUGGACAUGGCUUAUUAUGACUCAAAGGCAGAGCUGGAUUAUUAUUCCAUGGACGGAGAAGGCGAGGUGGAAAAUCCUUCGCACAUCAAGCUGGAGUUUGUGUACGAUCCGAACUUCAAAAACAACGUCAACUACUCCUACACAGCUGUUCAGAUUCCCACAGAUAUCUAUAAAGGAGCUCCAGUCAUUCUGAAUGAGCUGAACUGGACGCAGGCGCUUGAGAAAGUGUUCAUGGAAAACAGUCAGGAGGAUCCGUCUCUGCUGUGGCAGGCGUUCGGGAGUGCGACAGGUGUCACUCGCUACUACCCAGCUACGCCUUGGAAAGCCCCUGAUAAAAUCGACUUGUAUGACGUCAGGAGGAGGCCCUGGUACAUCCAGGGAGCCUCGUCUCCCAAGGAUAUGGUCAUUCUGGUUGAUGUGAGCGGCAGCGUCAGCGGACUCACCCUGAAACUGAUCAAAGCAUCAGUGAUGGAAAUGCUGGACACUUUGUCUGAUGAUGACUACGUCAACGUGGCCAGGUUUAAUGAGAAGGCCGAGGCUGUGGUUCCCUGCUUCAAACAUCUCGUCCAGGCUAACGUGCGCAACAAAAAGAUCUUCAAGGAUGCAGUGCAGCAGAUGCAGGCUAAAGGCACCACAGACUACAAGUCUGGAUUUCAUUUUGCUUUCAACCAGCUGUUAAAUAAGACGAAUGUCCCUCGAGCCAACUGCAAUAAAAUAAUCAUGCUGUUUACUGAUGGAGGAGAGGACAGAGCUCAGGAUGUCUUCAUGCAAUACAACUGGCCCAACAAAACAGUUCGGGUUUUCACCUUUUCUGUGGGUCAGCACAACUAUGAUGUCACACCUUUACAAUGGAUCGCAUGCACCAAUAAAGGUUACUAUUUUGAGAUCCGUUCCAUCUGUGCUAUAAGGAUUAACACCCAGGAGUACCUGGACGUGCUGGGACGCCCCAUGGUCCUGGCAGGCAGCGAUGCCAAGCAGGUUCAGUGGACAAAUGUGUAUCAGGAUGCUUUGGGUCUGGGGAUGGUGGUAACUGGGACUCUGCCUGUAUUUAAUCUCACCAUGGACGGAAAGUCACAGAAUCAGCUGAUAUUAGGUGUGAUGGGAGUCGACGUGCAUCUUGAUGAGAUAAAGCGUCUGACACCACGGUACAAUCUUGGAGCCAAUGGAUACAUAUUUGCUAUUGAUCCAAAUGGAUAUCUUCUCCUCCAUCCUAAUCUCAAGCCAAAGCUGGUGAACCUCCCUGAGCCUGUGACACUGGACUUCCUGGAUGCAGAGGUUGAAGACAGCAAUAAAGAGGAGAUUCGGCGGCAAAUGAUUGAUGGAAAACCGGGUGAAAUGCAGGUCAAAACUCUCAUUAAGUCCAUUGAUGAGCAAUACAUUGACGAGGUGUUCAGGGGUUACACCUGGACUCCUAUCAACGGCACAGAUUACAGCCUCGGUCUGGUGUUACCUCCCUACAAUGAAUUCUACAUCCAGGCAGACCUGAGUGACGUGAUGCUGCAGCUCCAGUAUAUGCAGUCGUUGCUGCCCAGCUCAUUUGAAUCGGCAGGACACGUGUUUCUGGCUCCAAGAGAGUACUGCAAACGUCUGCAUCUUUCUGACAACAACACACAGUUUUUGCAGAACUUCCUCUCGCUCAUGCUGGACAUCUCCCCAGAAUCUGAUGAGUGUGACCAAGGCCUCAUCCACAACCUGAUUUUGGAUUCGAGGAUUAUCGGGCAGCUGGCCUCUCGUGUUUGGAAGAACAAAGAUCUGAAUUCGUACGGCUUCCUGGCUGUAUUUGCCUCUACCGAUGGAGGAAUUACACGGGUGUUUCCGAACAUAGCUGCUGAGUUAUGGGACGAAGAUCCUGAACCCUUCAAUUCGAAUUACUACAGACGGAGCCUCGACAACAAAGGCUACAUGUUCAGAGCUCCACCGAAAUCCACCUUGGAUGAUCCUGUUGGUUCGGAAAAUGGCACUGUUGGAAUUCUGGUAACUUCCGCUGUUGAGGUGAAUUUAGGAGGCAAACUGCUGAAACCUUCAGUGGUCGGUGUGAAGCUGGAUUUGGAAGCGUGGGUGGACAAGUUUAAGAUCCUGGCCAGCAAUGUGUCAGACAGUCGACAGGGCUCACACAAGUGCGGACCGUCCAGGAGUUGUGAGAUGGACUGUGAAGUGAACACUGACGACCUCCUCUGCUAUCUCAUCGAUGAUGGUGGGUUCCUGGUCAUGUCCAAUCAGAGAGAUCACUGGAAAAAGAUUGGUCUUUUCUUUGGCGACGUGGACCCGUACCUGAUGCACGCGCUCUACAACAACUCAAUCUACACCCGUCGUCAGUCUUUCCACUUCCAGUCCGCAUGUGAGCCGGUCAGCAGCAGCCACACUGGUGCAGCACCCAGGGGCAUCUUUGUGCCGUCCAUCGCUGACGUCCUCAGCUUGGCGUGGUGGACAUCCACAGUGGCAUGGUCUGUGACCCAGCAGCUACUGUACGGACUAGCCUACAACAGCUGGCUCUACCAAGAUGAUGUCCUGGUCGACGGCUUUGAGAUGAAGGAAAGCAGCUGUGUGACCAUCCAAAGCCAGUUCUACUUCACAAACACCACCAACUCCUACAACAUGCUGCAAGACUGUGGAAACUGCUCACGGCUGUUCCACGCCAAGCGGAUAGAAAACACAAACCUCCUGUUCGUGGUCGCUGAGACGCUCCCCUGCAGCUCAUGUGAGAUAGAGAGAUUGACACAGGUCAGGACAGAGUUCCAGGAGGAGAAUCCAUGUGAAGUACUGAGCAACGCACGAUAUCGCAAAGGCCCGACUUCCUGCUUUGACUACAGUGCCUUAGAAAACACGUCAGAGUGUGGACGGGGUCACGCUCUGCAGUCGUCCAUAGGAGUCCUUCUCUUUAUUCAGCUUAUUCUGCCUCUUUUUCAUCUCUGACACGUGCAGCACUCUAACUGACAUCUUUCAUCUCUCUGGGUAUAGGCUCGGAUCUACUGAAGGUCAGAUCAAACAGCAACUGCAAAACUCUUCUUUUUUUGAUCUACAAACAGCCCAUGGCGCAUUUGUGCUUGGGAAAAAAAAAAAAAAUAUGUGGAUCAGCUCUUAGUGUUUUUUGCCUUAUUGCUUAUGCAUUUGCUGGUGUUUCAGGGCUCGAGUGCAAAAUAUAGGACGGGAACGCGCCGAGCGUGCAUGCUACUUGAACUAGGACAAGCAUGUUUUAAACAUUUUUGCACACAAGCUCAGCCAUGUGAACAGUCACCAAAAAGUCAGGGAGGCAGCUUGAAAUGUACUUUUAAUGGGCCAAUAAAUAAUCAUCCAGCAGGACCGGACACCAAUCGCAAGUUUCGGUUGGGGAAACAAUUAAAGAUCUAAAAACUCUGAAUGGAUUUUUUUUGCUCUUUGCAUUUCCGUUACAGCAGGGCUACCUGCUCGAAGGCAUGUCUUUAACUUUGACAGGCUUGUCUUGAGUAGUGGUUAAAGGAGCAGCUAUACAUACCAUUCUUCAUCAAGGUAUAAUCUUAGAACAGCUCCCCCACUAAUUCAGCAAUGAACGUGUUUCAGCAAGUCUUCAGAAUAAAAGUCCACUGUUACUUUAUUACAUAAACGCAUUUAUUGUGAAGUAGCAAAACCAGGAAAUGUUGGGUUUACACCGGCGGUAACUUAAUGCGACUCCUUUAACAGUUGAAAGCGAUCGUGAGGAAAGAGUAAAAUAAAACAGACAUCUGAAAGUAUAAACAGGGAUGCAGGAGACGAACUAAUAAGAUUCCGUUAGAAGCACAGAGAGCUGAACACACGAGGACUUUCAAAACCGUCUUUAUCUCUGGACUCCUGCAUAAACAUGAGCCUCCCAUUACAACACAUGGCUGCUCAGGGAAGAUGGAUGGGCAGCGAUCGAAGGACGUCAUCCACGCCUGCUUUGUGAUGUCCCACUCCAGUCUUGGCUAAAGUCGACACAUAUAACCCGGAGAGCUGCAAAUUGAGUCCCGCUUACAAAAACAUUGCUCCACAGCGCUACUAGUGUUUAGAAACUCCACAGGGCACCUUUAAAAGUCCAGCACUUAGUUUAAUGCGCUUAGUUUCUUUCCUGCACUGAAAAUACACAGCAGAGUGAUUCAGCCGUGCAGAGCUUUACAUUGUGCGCACCACUCGUUAAGAUAACUGCUGCAGCACGACAGUGUGAAUAAAUAAACCGAACCUGCUGCAGGCUCACGGUUCAGACUCCCUCCUGCAUCAGACCCUGCGGCUUCUGGACGACUUACUCUGCUUUCGUCGGCUUUGUGAAGUUCAAAAGGAGUCAUCUGCUCCGCUCUUUAUUUGCAUGUCCAGUCCUAGUUGAUGUCUUUGCACAUAAAGGAGCAGUUUUUACAUGGUUGGUAGAUCCGGGCCUUAACCUCACGUUCACUUCAGUGUCUUUCAGUCCACCUCUGACCUUUGCCAAGAUAGUUUCAGUGCUAUGAACAGUAUCAAAUGCGACAACCACGAAUGACUCCAUCAACCAUCUCAAGUACAUAAUUGUCUUUUAAAUCUUUGAAUCCAACCAGAUUUCAGACAGAAUUUAAAUGAAAAGUAUUUUUCCUCCUAAAAAAUAUUUUCGUAGAGCACUUUGGUUUGAUGAGAGAAGCCAGUAUGAUGAGGAGUACCAGUGUUAGGCCUGCAGCAGGAUUGUGUGACUCUUCAUACACAUAUCAGUUAUUCAAUGUAGUUUCAGUGAUCGAAGAGUUGCUAAAGUCGAGGUUUGUCUUGCUGAAAUGCUUCCACAGAGACUCGUUAUGAUCUUGAAGUGCUUCCAAUUGAUAAGAAAUGUUAAAGGCUGUAAAAUCAGACAUAAACUGACCAAAAUGAUCAAAUGUUGAGAGGUAUUUUGUUACAAAAGUGUAGUAGUGAACCCUCCAAACUACUCCAAAUCCUGCUGUAAUAAUAAGCAGUAAUUAUCACACCCAUUGAUUUUAAAUAAUUUACAUGAAGUGUUAAAUCUGUAGUCUUUAUAGCACAAAACGUGUAGUCAGUGUGCAGCCGACAUGUUUUUAAAUGUAUUACAUCACUUGUUUGACUGAGGGGAAGCUCUUUGUAUCUUGUACCGCGACUAUUUGUCAAACCUGAAUUUAUGCACUUAUGUAUGCUUCUGUAUGGGGAAUGUAGCUUCUGAACAGCUUUAGAUGUUAUCAGUAUGUUAUCAGUAUGUGAUGCUUUCUGACCCUUUGUUGAGAUUCCCCUGAUGUCUCACUGAAAGUGAUGAUUCGCUGUGGCAGACUACUUCACUUUUAUCAUGCAUACCUCAUCAUGACAGUGACUUCUGAUUCAGCUUUUUACACUGUCAUGACGCUGGAGGAUGUAAUAUUGGGGUUAAUAUUAUUACUUCUAAGCCCAUAACACUAAUAUCAUAUGCACAACACACUUUAAAGGGCGAUUAGCAUGAAAUGUCAACAGAUUAAUGAAAAAUACGCCCCACAGUUUUCCCAAUUUCAGGCUGACAUCUUUAAAAGUCAACAGUCAAAAAAACACUGAAUGUGUCAUGUAAAUUGACAUGUAACAGAGAAAAGCAUCAAAUCCUCACACUGCACAAGCUGGAACAAGCACACUUUUUCCCUUUGAAUAAUGAUCCAAACCGUAAAAGUACAUAUUUAAUGCAUUAAUUAUCGUGAUGGGUAACAUAAGUUAAGAAAAAUACUUAUUUAAAGGUGCAAUAUGUACUUUUUUUUCUUCAGUACAUUAAAAAAAUAGUUUUCACUUCAUUUCAAAGAUGUCAAAGAUGUUUAUGGACUGUGAUGAAGAGAUAUCUAGCGAAGUUGCUGCGCCUUAAAACCUCUUUCUCCCAGCAGUCCAAAGCUCCUGCUCUAGUGCUGUGAACACCAUCACGUCCCUGGCAGUGUGGCUAGCUGCACAGCUAACUGAUGGCGCAGUCAGCAGCAGUUAGCAGUUAUUCUGGUGAUAUGCUGCAAAUUUAUCAUUGUUUUUUAAGUUUUGGGGGUUUUUUUUAGUGUUUUUGUGGCAAGGUACCAUAUCGUUUGACUCCUUCUUCACCGUAAGGAACACUGUCAGAGUAAGCACACUGUAGGUUUCAGGUUUUCACAUCACACAAGUUUCAUUCAGGACCACAAACUAGAUGUGAUCUCACAAAAUCCUGCUCACGCAUGCCGACAUCUGGACGCACAUCGUCCUGUACAGUGGAGGUCAAACUUCCACAUCUGGAGCAACAACAAGCAAAACACAUUUUGGGGUCCAGACAGACUUUGAAUUAUUCAAAUGAAUUCCAGCGAACAGGACAGCGGGAGCGAGUGAAGAGUUAUGCAUGAUAAACUCCUGAAAAAGUUUUCCCGCAGCGAUUCGUCAACCCCUGAUGUCUCUUUCUGUUACCAUUUAAACUGGUUUAAAGAGUUAAUGGGGGAUAUUUUUAAAAAGCUUUUUUGACGAAACAUUUGUAAAAUGCCGUUUUCCUCCGUCUGCCUGGUGUUCCACCCUCGCAGUGCCUUGUUGCACUCAUUCUGGAUGAUGGCGGGAACUUUUGGACGCUCACCCUGCAGGGCCAUGUGAGAGACACACUUGAAUUUCAAGGGUUGCGAUGGUUCAGCUCUAAAUGGAUUUCUCGGCCAGGGAACAAAAAAAAGAGAACAAAACGCCCCUGGUGAAACUCGUGAGACGUUCUGAGAGGAGCGCAGCACAGUUGUGAAAGCAGCCGGCCUCCACUCUUGCCUUCACAUGGACGGUCAGAGCGACCGCUGCCCUCCUGCUACGUGUCGUUUAUCUCUACACUGUGGUUCAGCCUCGAAUCAAAGCACAGACUGUCCAUUUCCAUCUGCACACUGUAUAUUCUAUAUUUGAAGCCUGUCCGAAACAUGUACUUUUCCAUUAGGACUGACUGAAAUGAGUGAAUGUUUAUGUACAGUAUUACCUACUGUCGUGCAUCUCUGCUGUACCCGAGCAUGGUGGGGACACGGAGACGCACAUUAAAAGCUCAACACUGUUUGGAGACCGCAGCGUACAAAAAAAAAAAAAGAGAGAAAAAAAAAGGCUUUUACGCUUAAGACCUGCAGUACUAACUCUAGGUCGUAUUGCAUUAUUCAAACAACAAACACUGUUGUUCAUCGAAAGAGGGACAUUUUGUGAAACUCUUCAUAGCCUAUGAUAUAUUACUCCUGUUGAGGUCAGUGUUGUAGUUCUGUUUUAAAUUACCGGUAUUUAUUUGCAUGAUGUUUUUGAACAGUUUACAGAUUUGUGUACAUAGUCUGAUGGAUAUUAUACAUUCCUGUCCACAUCCAGCUCUCCAGCGCUGUGGGGAGAAGCGAGGGCGCCCCUCGUGGAUGUUCGGUGGGCGAGGUGGAGGCCUGUGUGUUAAAUCAACCAAGCUGAAAGUUUGACUUCAGUGAAGCCUACAAUAACUGUCAGUGUUUUUUGCAAUUUAGGUCCUUUUGCGACGACAGAAAGCACAGAGGAGUUGAAAAUUACGAGCAACAUACUGCCUGAUUCAAUUUUUGUCAUUUAUUUAGGAAAAAGGUGACAUUAAGAACGCUGGAGGUGGUUCGUGCAUUUAGAAGCUGUGUAACUGACAAGGCAGCAGCAUGUGUGAGAACGCCCCCUUUAUUAAUUAGCUUUGUUUCUGAAAUAGAUUUAAGUGUUGCUUAUUUCAUUUCUUUUACUUAUGCAUUCCUCGAUUUAUUUGUUGAUUUAUUUGGGUAUUGUGAAUAACGUUUGUAUCGAACAGAAAGGAGCUGAAUGUCUUUGAAGCUUGCGUGGGAGCACUAAGCAGUUUACAAGAAAAUUGCAAAACGGAAAAAAAAAACAAAAACCUGUUAGUCUUUGUCCCUUUUUUUUCUUCUUUUCUUUACUGAGUAUCAAAAGAUAAGAAUGUGAAUGUUUCUCUGCUGUAAUUUUUGCUUUACAUUUUUCGCUGACGUUGUUGUUUACUCGGGACAGUUUCCUCUCUUUGUGCCAGUCUCCAACGCCACCUCAUUUUUGUACAGACGAUGUGAAGCAGUCAGCAGAAGACGAAGGCUAACUUUGUAAAGAUUUUGUCAGUCACAUAACAAAAUGAAUAUUUAAAUGUUUAUAUCUUUGGUGAUUAAAUGCUAUUGAUAUUUUUCACUUCA